UAGCCUGUCUAUUGGAUUAAUAAUUCACCGUAAAUCCUAGAAAGGAAGAUCGAGGCAUUUAUACCUGUUUUUUGUUUUUGUAGACCCUCAUUCGUUUCCGCUUCCCCUUUCGCGGUUUGCCCCUCCUUGACUCACCUCUCCUCAAAUAUUCAACACUCCACUUCUACAGCUUUAAUUAUGACUUUCACGCUUUACGAUGCGACUAUCGUCGAGGCUAAACUGGCCCUGGCAUCACUGGACCAUAUUCUCACUGAAGCAGAGAAGCAUAGCAAUGCAGCCAGCUUCCCAGAUGCGCGACUCCACGAAGACAUGAACCCGCUGAGCUUCCAGGUCCAUGCAGCCACUCGAUUCGCGGAGAAGUUAGUCGCCAGGCUCUCUGGAAGGGAGUCUGUCGAGUUUGAAGACAAACUCGUCACAUUUCAGGAUAUGCACUCGCGCAUUCAAAAGGCCCAGGAGUUGCUUGGAAAGGCUGAUAAAGACGUCGUGAAUCAGCAGGGAGAGGAGGUUGCCCCGACAGCAUUGCCAUCGGCGGGAACAAUGGACCUGCCCGGGAAAGCAUUUGCCAUGGGAGCGGCUGUCCCUAAUAUCAACUUUCACCUGUCAAUGGCUUAUGCUAUUCUGAGGAAGGAGGGUGUGCCUUUGGGAAAGAAGGAUUUCAUCAUGCCUUUUGUAGGCGAGUAUAUUGUGAAGAUGCAAUAGAUGCGGGAUAACCUGAAGUAACUGAGAUGACAAUUUGACCACCUACAUAUUGCUGUUUGGCCUUACACCUCAUGACUUAUAUCUAUGCUCAAAAAGGUCUGCCAUUGAAUGAUCUCGUUGGUCAUCCAAUUCUUGGUCUUAUGCUGGUAGGGCCUUGGACAAGGUACAUCUUUGCCCCUUUAUGCUGUCGUUUGGAGCUUAUCAAAGAGUCUUAUUCUAGCCAUGCAAUAUAUGCGCAACCGUUGUGAUUAAAGAGUGAACCCAAUUGAGAGCAGAUAGUUGUAACCUUCUAUAAAAUUUGAUAUAG